AUGGCUGACGAAGCGAAGGCGAGAGGCAACGCCGCGUUUUCGGCGGGGAGGUUUGAGGAAGCCGUGGAGCACUUCACGGACGCCAUCAAGCUCGCGCCCGACAACCACGUGCUCUACAGGUGCGCCCGACAACCACGUGCUCUACAGGUGCGCCCGACAACCACGUGCUCUACAGGUGCGCCCGACAACCACGUGCUCUACAGGUGCGCCCGACAACCACGUGCUCUACAGCAACGUUCACGGUCGUCGUUGGUUCUGCCAGUCGUCCUCGGUAGCUGCCGGGCCCUCAGCGUCAACCCCGUCAGUCAUUUCCUCUGCCUUCUCCCCCCUGCUAAAGUCACCUGUCUCGCCUCUCGUCGUCCCCCUGAUCGCAGCAACCGGUCGGCGGCGCACGCGAGUCUGCACCGCUACGGCGACGCGCUGGCGGACGCGGAGCGCACGGUGGAGCUGCGCGCCGACUGGCCCAAGGGCUACAGCCGCCUGGGCGCCGCGCUGCACGGGCUGCGCCAGUACGCGCGCGCCGUGGAGGCGUUCGAGCGCGGGCUGGCGCUGGAGCCCAGCAGCGCCGUGCUGCAGGCGGGGCUGGCGGACGCCAAGGCCGCGCAGGCCGCUGACGAGGCGGGCGGCGAGGGGGGGAAUCCGCUGGCAAAGGCGUUUCAGGGUCCCGACUUCUGGGCGCGGCUGCACGCGGACCCACGCGCGCGGCAGCACCUGAGCGACCCCGCGUUCCGCGCGACGGUGAGCGCCGUGCAGAGCAACCCCGCGCUGCUGAACGCGCACCUGAGCGACCCGCGCAUGAUGGACGUGCUGGGCGCCGCGCUGGGCAUCAGCAUCCGCUCCGCCGGAUCCGCGGACGAGGCCGCCGCGUUCGCCGCCGAGGGCAGGGGGGAGGAGGGCGGCAAGGGGGAGAGCAGAUCGGGUAAAGAGGAGAAGGAGAAGGAGAAGGAAGCGGGAGGUGCGGAGGCGAUGGAGGAGGCGCUGACAGACGAGGAGAGGGAGGCGAAGGCGAGGAGGCAGGAGGCGGUGAGGGAGAAGGAGGCGGGCAACGCGGCGUACAAGCGCAAGGAGUUUGAGAGCGCCGUGGAGCACUACAGCAAGGCCGUCGAGCUGGACGACUCUGACGUCACCUUCCUCACCAACCGCGCCGCUGUGUUCCUUGAAAUGGGCAAGUACGCGGAGUGCAUAGCAGACUGUGACAGGGCGGUGGAGCGGGGGCGGGAGGUGCAUGCGGACUUUAAGGUGGUGGCGAGGGCGCUCACGCGCAAGGGGACAGCACUGGUGAAGCAGGCCAAGACAGCCCAGGACUACGAGCCCGCCAUUGCUGCCUUCAAUAAGGCCCUUACGGAGCAUCGCAAUCCCGACACACUGAAGAAGCUCAACGAGGCAGAGAAGGCAAGGAAGGAGCUGGAACAGCAGGAGUACUACGAUCCAGUCAUUGCCGACCAGGAAAGAGAGAAGGGUACUACCUCUUAUGCUGCUUAUUUCGAAAACAACGAAAUUGGUGUCAAGGACAGUGCUCUUCGGGCUCCUCACUGCUCUGCAUGCUCCUCCUGGUUGAUUGAACCUGAUCCGUUCUGUGCCACCCUUCCCUGGUCCAGGCAACGAGGAGUUCAAGCAGCAGAAUCGUACUGCAACCGAGCAGCGUGCUACAUCAAGUUGGGUGCCAUGCCGGAGGCAAAGAAGGAUGCGGAGAAGUGCAUUGCGUUGGACGAGUCUUUUGUGAAGGGGUACUUGAGGAAGGGCGCAGCAGAGUAUUUCAUGAAGGAGUAUGACCACGCCAUGGAGACCUACCAGCAGGGCCUCAAGGUGGAACCGGGAAACCAGGAGCUGUUGGAUGGCAUUAGGAGCUGUGUGCAGCAGAUCAGCAAGGCCAACAGGGGGGACAUUGCGCCAGAGGAGCUUAAAGAGAGGCAAGCCAAAGCGAUGCAGGAUCCUGAGAUCCAGUCCAUUCUCACGGACCCAGUCAUGCGUCAGGUGCUCACAGACUUCCAGGAGAACCCUCAGGCAGCCAUGCAGCACCAGAAGAACCCCAUGGUCAUGGCGAAGAUCCAAAAGCUGGUUGCAGCAGGGAUUGUGCAAGUGCGCUGA